GCAUCUUGAGAUCAGAAGAGACAAACAGAAGCCUCGGCAUUGCUCAAAAGGAUUCUGGAAGAGCAGCAAUUGGAUGAUUGGAGUCUGCGGUUGAAGAUGGGUUUGUUGUCAACCACUUGCAAGCCUAGUCCACUUCUUGUCCUCAUUCUGCUAUGGGGUGUGGUAAAGGUGGAGGCCCAGCAGGCAUUCAGGAUCCAGCCCAAGAACAUUACAGUGCGUGCAGGGGGAAAGGUGGUGCUGAGAUGUGAGGUCCUGAGACCCUCAGGGACUGUCCAGUGGGUGAAGGAGGGCCUUGUACUGGGGCCCGAGCGGAGACUUCCGGGUUUCCCUCGCUACAGCAUGGUGGGGGACCCUAAUAGAGGACAGUACCAUCUCCAGAUUGAGAACGCUAAACUGGAGGAUGACGGCCCCUACGAAUGCCAAGUGGGCCAGUCCGAUAGUAGCCGGGCGAUCAUCUCCCAUACAGUGUGGAUCAAUGUGCAAAUUCCUCCCUCUAAGCUUUAUUUUGAGCUGGAGACCCCAGAGCCAUGGGUAGCAGGGAUGAGCUACACAGUGACAUGCAUUACUCCGGACGUCAAACCAGAGGCAGUCCUCCAUCUGUUUAAAGAUGGAGUUGAGCUGACAGGUGCAGAGUCUUUCACUAUGCCUGGCUCCGAGGAUAAGCUCCAGAACACGCACGCUAGAAAAGAGUUUAUGGUCUUCAGUUCAGACAAUGGGAAGGAGCUGGUGUGUCGUACGAAGAACCCAGCUCUUACUCAGGCCCUCGAGACCAGCCUGGUGAUGAAUGUACUCUUCCCACCCCAGCCUCCAGUUAUCCAGGGCCUUAACAGUAAAGACAUGGUGAAGAGAGGGACCACACUGAGGCUGGAUUGUGUGUCCCAGGGAGGAAACCCACUGGCCACUCUCCACUGGACCAAGAAUGGGGAGGUGUUGUCUACCAGCUGGCAGGUGGACACAGACUUGCAGAAGGCCAGCAGCCACUUGAGCCUGCAUGUUGAACCACAGGACAACCAGGCCGAGCUGCGCUGUGAGAGCGUCAACUAUGUGUCCCCUGGCCCUUUGUUCGACAGCCGCAAGAUCACCGUUCUCUUUGAACCAGAGAAUGUCAAGGUGCUGGGGAAAUUUGAGGCAAAAGAGGGGGAGGAGGUGACCCUGUCCUGCUACACGUCCUCCAGUAAUCCGCCUGUACAAAUACGUUGGUGGCUGGGCUUCAAGGAACUCAAUAACUACACUGUCACCGUGUCAGAGGGAAACCACGGAGGAAAGACAACCAUGUCUAACCUAACCCAUUUUGUGUCACGGGAGGAGAACGGGCUGCCUCUUACCUGUGAAGCCUUCAACAUGGGCACACGCUUCUCCAAAAGCCAGUACUCCAACCUUGUUGUUUUCUACCCUCCUCAGAAGGUGUGGUUGGAUACUCCGCCUCCAAAGGUUCCUUUGAGAUCUGGAAUUACUGUUCGCCUCAUCUGCUUCUCUAGCGGUGGUAGCCCCAAAGGAAACCUGACUUGGUACAAGAAUGGUAGGGCAUUACCAGACAACCCAAAACAGAUGCCCUUUGAUAAGGGCGUGUCCAAGGAACUGGUCCGAAUCCUCGAGCCCAGUGACAACAUGGCUACCUACCGCUGUGAUGCCACUAAUAAGGCAGAAAAGAUCCUCUCUGCCAGUGUCAAUCUCAUGGUCCAGUUUCCUCCGAUGAGAGUGAUCAUCAUCGCCCAGCAGAAGGAGCUUCAUCGUGGCCAGAACCUUAGUCUGGAAUGCUUGUCUGGGAUCAGCAACCCCGAGGUCAAUAUCUCUUGGAGCCUGGGCCCGACCAGAUUGAAAGGGGUGGAUCAGGCUCCUGUGGCUGCAAGUUUUGGGGGCGUGUUAGUGCGCAGUACUCUGUCACACCCCCUGUCCUCCCAACACCAUGGACAGAGAGUCACUUGUCAGGCUUACAGCUCUCUGCUGUCUGAGGGAGUCAACACCUUCUACAAGCUCAACGUCCUAUAUCCCCCCGAGUUCAGCCCGGACCAGCCAAAGAAUAUCCAGGUAGUGGAGGAUGAAGCAGCGCUCCUACCCUUACUGGUUUCUGGCAAUCCAGACGACAUCUCCUGCAAAUGGCUGUUCCACAAGGAGGAAUUGCACAAAGAAAGGGAUCCACGUUACCACUUUAUUGAGAACACAGCAUUUGAGGUCUGGAAUGUGACAAGGAGAGACUCUGGGGUAUACAUUGUGGUGUGUACCAAUGAGGUUGGGUCCGAAAAUACCACCAUCACUCUUGACGUACAGUAUGCACCUAGUGUGAAGAUGGAGGUGAACCCAGUGUAUGUGGUGGUAGGGGAGACUGCAGACCUGUUAUGUGUUGCAGACGCCAACCCCAUAGUUGAGGAUGGCAUGUUUUCCUGGAAAUGGCUGGGCGAUGGGGAGAUGGAGGAGAUCGGGGAGCAGAGCCAAGACGAGGCCACCGGACUCCUGACCAUCCAAGGGGCAAGUCGAGCUCACGCAGGACGCUACCAGUGUACAGCCGACAACAACAUAGCACCCCCCGCCAGCACGGACGUCCUGCUGGUGGUACACUUUAGGCCAGAGCUACACAAAGGGGCUCAGUGGAAUAAGGUGGCGAGCAGAGGUGAUGGCACUGGAACAGCUGAGGUAGUGUGUCAGGGAGAGGGUAUCCCGCGGAUUGACUUCUCCUGGACAAAAAAUGGUGUGCCCAUGGACUUCACAGACCCAAGGUACCAGGAGAAGACAGUGAGGAAGGGUUUAUUACACACCAGCACCAUUACCGUGGUUAAUGUGAGUGCAGCGCUGGACUACGCAGUAUUUACCUGCACAGCUCGCAACUCUCUGGGAGAAGACACACUCGACAUUCAACUGCUCAGCACCAAUCACCCAGACCCUCCCUCAGAGUUCCGUGUGGUCGGCUUCAGCCAUGCCUCUGUAACUCUACAAUGGAUCCCAGGCUUCGAUGGAGGGUUGGUGCAGAGAUUCCGUGUGAGGUACCAUUGGACUGGCUCUGUGAGUUUCCUCUACAUAGAUGUGUUCCCCCCAACAGCGAAUAUCUUCACUGUGACCGGCCUGUUCCCUGCCACCACAUAUACCUUUUCUGUCAACGCACUCAACUCACUUGGGGAGAGCAGCUAUGCAGACAACAACACAGUACUCACCGUCACCACUGAGGAGUGGGAAGAAACAUUCCAAGAAGUGGAUACUACGGAAUUGAGUGGAUUGUCACUGUAUCAGACUGUGAUAUUGGCAGUGGUUGGCGGGGCACUGCUGUUGGCCCUCAACUGGCUAAGUUUUCUGGGUCUGAGAUGGAAGAAGAAGCAGGGCCAGACAGAGAGUAAAGAGGGUGUUGUGGAUGGGAAGAAGAGUGAAGGAGAUGGGUCCACUCUGUCCACUGAGAGCAGCUCCACCAGGUAUGAGGUCAGAGAGCAUCUGAACCCUGCGGCCCAGCGUACCCUCCUCAUUGACAACGGAUCAGAACCAGACAGCAGCAUCUAUGAGAGCUAUGCUGGGGAGAGCUCCCACUAUUAUUACCCCACCAGUGAUUACCGUCCAUCUCUCUGCACUCACCCAGAAGGGCAAGAUGGCCGUCUCAACGCACUGGAGCCCAUAGACCAUGAGUAUGAAGAAGUAAGGGACUGGUAUAUGUACCAGGAUGUACUGGGCUCAUCUGUCCAACUGCCCCGAUCCCAGUUCGGCCACAGGUUACCACGGCAAAUCGAAUUCUGGAAAUCACAACCACCCAUUCACCAAGAGGGAAUUGGGACGUGCAUAUCAACCUUGCAGCAGCCAGGCAAAAGGAUGGAUCCAGUUGUUGUGCAACGCCCGCAGAAAAAUGAUUACGAAUUACCUUUUGAGCUCAGAGGAGAGUUAGUUUAGAAAGCUUAGGCCUUGAUUCAAGUAUGUUGACAAACCUCAGACCGUAUUUGCAAAUUGCUGUUCUGGUUUUGGGUACUAUUUGAAUAAGCCUUCAACUGACUACAGUAUUUAUGUCAAGCAACACAAAGUGACUUACCAUCUAGCAAGCAAACAAGCAAGUUUAUUUAAAGAGCACAGUUCAUAUAUAGAAACAAUUAAAUCCAUGAAAUUACAAUGAAAAGAAAAAUAUAAAAAUGCAAUAGAAUAAAGAACAGUCAGAUUGUUACAGUUCUCUAACCACCCUCCAGGGGGACUCUCCACCCUGGUUUCUCAAUCAUUGCACUCCAGCGCUAGGAUGCACCUGUCAGUCCCUUUGUGAGAUAAUCUCUGCAUCGAUGUCUUACCCAGCUGUCUCCAGGGGCUUUUAUGCCAUGUCUGUACAUGCAUUUAAUAUUCUAUCCAAAGAAUGAAGUUCAUCAUAACGUUUUUUCUUAGAUGUCCACUGUUGAUUAUAAUAAAAUCAAUAAUACUCCAUGACUAGGCCUACAGCAGAUACAAAUAUGCCUACAUAAAAAAAUAAACAAGAUACAUUCUAUAUCCAAAACAUUUAUCUAAAAAAAAUCCUUUGCUAUAAAUGUCACUCAAGCAAUAAGAGAGAUGGAGAAGUGGAUGGGAAGAAAUGACAAUAAAAAUUAAACUUAAAGAGGUGUUUCAUUUAGUGGGUGUGCAGGUUUUCCUUCCUCCCCCAAACACUUUCCCUACCUCAAUACCCCUUAACCCAGUACUGCAGUAUAUCUUGCACAGACUCUACUCUCAGACAGGCAGAAAGACACAGAGUUAAGGUAGAUAGACAUCUGCUGGCGCCGUGAAGCAGGAAUUGUGGUGCUGUCCAAGCGGAAACCAUCGUCAAGGCAUUUGUUUGCCAAAGGCAGCUUACCCUUUUGAACAAUCUACUGUUUUGUGGCACAUGUCCCUCACAGCAACAGAUGAAGCGUGGGAUUAUUAAAACCCAUGGUCAUUGCCAAAACGUCCUCCACCUCCCAGCUUCUCUCCCUCAACUUCCCCCUUUCCGUACCCUUCCCCCAACUUCCUCCUCAGCCUCUGAAAAUAAGGUACUGAGCCCUCACAGCUUGCCCCUGCAGCAGAAGGUGAGCAUCUGAAGGCUAUGAUAAAGGCAGUAAUUGAGUGUGGUAAUGUGUUGAGAAGAUAAAACUACCAUCUCUACAGGCGACCUCUAUCCCACUAAUCCAGUUGUCUUUUACAUUUCAUCUGGAUAUGUUAGAGAGACCAUGCAGACAUUUACUCCUACUGUGUGAUGUGAGAGGAGUGAGAGAAAAGAGAGAGAGGCUGAAAUAUGCAGUUUAAACUUUAGGUAUUAAGUCUAUCCUCAGAUAUUCCUCUAUUUUGGCUUUACUGAGUCAGUUGGAUAGCUCAAGCUCAUUCAAGUUCAUUGCUCCUUGCUCUGUUUAGAUGCAUUUAAUUAUUACAUUUUUCCGCAUUUAGAAAUGGUUGAAAGUAAAAACAUUGUCCUGACAGCCUCUAUAAAAACACACAGGGUUGUUCCUUGUGCCAUUUCCCGUAAUAUCUGUGUGUGUGUGUGUGUGUGUGUGUGUGUACAGGACACCACCAAUACUU